AUAGAGAGAGACAGAGACACAGAGAGAGAGAGAGAGAGAGAGAGAGAGAGAGUUGCAGAGAAAGAUGAUACUGUUAAACUCUGGUGCUGGGAUAGCCAUGGCUGUCCCGCGGAGGCCCUUGUGGAGGCCUAUGUGCUUGGCUUCCGAUGUCAACACCGAGCAGCUUCGUGCUCAGCUGGAUCAGCUUCAUUUCGAGGCUGAGACCACCAGAACCAAAGCAAACAAUGCCAGAUUAAGGCUUCUGCGUCUAUCAGAGGCAGCUGAGAACCUAAAACGGCAAGCAGCAAUUAAUGUUCGUACUGGGAAGGAAAAUGAUGCAAGGGAACUACUCUUUCAGAAGAAGAAGGUCAUGGAAGCUUUGGAAAAGUCAAAGAAUCGAAUUGAAUUGCUUGAUGAGCUUUCCAAAAAGCUUAAUGAGGCUAUAUCUCUUAAAGAAAGGCAGCUAAUUGGGAAUGUUGCUAUGGAUCUUGAAGUUCCCAUGGAAGAUUCUUCUAGUCCAGUUCGAAUUGUAUCUCCAACAUCAGAAGUAACAGAAGAUUUUGUGGAGCGCAAAGAGUUUGUUUCUAAUGAUCUGAAAUCCAGUGAAGAUCAAGAAUCACAGUUUUAUGCAGAAGGUCAAGCUAGUUUACAUGCUGACCAAGAGCACGAGGAAACUCAAGGACCUCAACUGGGGGUAAAUCUGAAUGGAGAUGACAUUAUGAGUAGCUUGAAAGCAGUAAGCUCCUAUAAGGAUCUUUUGGCACAUCUGGAUCAACAACUGAACAAAAUUGAAGCAGAACUUGUCACAGUUUUGAGGGUCUCAACGUUGGUGUUGGACAGUGAGGAGGGAACAAAAAAUGUUAAGGUGCUGCAGGUAGUGGAACUUCUUGAUAGCAUUCGUGGAAUUAGACAAAGAAUUACAAAUAUCAAGCUGGCAGAGGUCGAGAGUUGAUGAAGCUUUAUUGGCUUAAUGAGUUCCCUUCCAGCUGAUCACAGAGUAUCCUAGCAUCAGCAUAAUGCUGUGUGUUGCAGCUGUUUUUUGUGGCAGGUUUUCUAGCAUGACGUGUGUAUAUUAUUAUAUUGCAACAAAACUGAAGUUGAAGAAAUAGUUCAGUGAAUCUUUGCACAUAUAUUCCCCAGUUUCAUUAGAGUUCUUAAUUUGUUUCCUCUGAAAAGCCCAAAACCUGCAUCGUAUUCUCUCUCCUACACAUUUCAUGCCAUGUAAAUAAGUGGAAGGUGUAGGUUUGACUUACUGUAUUGCUGCUAAAAACAUGAACCUUGAUGAAUUAACAGGUUAAUUUGCUAGGCUGAGGAUAUGUAAUGUAUGAGCUUUCACUAGAAUUGGAUAUGGAAAGACAUUCUAAGA